AUGGCCCUCCCACAAACCUCACCCCUCAAUGCCGAGCAGAUCAAGGCGCUCUUCAACAUCCUCACCCACUUCGAGACGUACCACGAGGUUGAGGAGUUCAAGAAGCCCGAAACCAUCUCCAACUAUGGCUACCCUUUUGCGCAAAGCCCCGGUACCCGCUCCGAUGUCACCUACGCCCCCGAGUCCUCGGCGCCUCUGCUGCAGUCCAUCUUUACGAGAUUCAUCCUGCAGCUUCCCGGCGUUUCCACGUUUGCGCCCGAGUUCUGGAACGUCCAGGUCCAGGGCAUCUUGACAAACUUGGCCGAAGCCGACCUGUCGGAAAGCUAUGACAAGGGUGCUUUGGGUAUUAGAAAGACCCUGGCCACCGCUUCGUCAACCGUCAUCGAGACUGUCGCCCGAGGAAUGAUUGGCGGUGCCCCCUACAGUGACCCGGCCACGCGGCCCGCAAAGUACGACUUGAAGAGCGCGAAAGACCUGGCGCAGGCCUGGGAUGAUGCCAUGCAUGACCUCGUCUACGAGGAUCUCUGCGACGACUUGCUCGACCACCUGGCCGAGACGGACGACUUUGAUUCGCAUUCCCCCAUGACGCGCGCGGCGAACGAGUACAUCAUCAUUCACUUGUCGAGCCUUGCCCAUCAAGUUCUGAUUGUAUCUCCCGAGGGACAAUACCUGCUCAAGCUGUUGGAGCAGGUCCACAAGAUGGUGCCGUACAAUAUGGUCCGGCAAACCCUCAAGGUCGGAAACGCCGCGACUAUGAUUGCCGGCAUGAUGAAGAUCUUUUUGGCCAAGAUUAGCGUCGGCUCAGUGUCGAACUGGUUCGGCAUAACAAAGGAUGCUGCUGACGGCAUGAACCUCAUGCAGAGGAUCAUUUCCGUCAUUCUUGGCUGGGAUUGCGCAGAGUUCAAGAAGACCAUCGACAGGAUCUCCAAAGCAAAGAACAGACCGAGCAAGGGUGCUCUCGAUGCCAUCCGGGCGCACACCGAUUCGUCCCACGACGACCGCGAAGCUGUUAGGGCCAAGAGCCUACGUGAAGACAAGUCCAUCAUCGCCGUCAUCCUCGAGACGGCAAACCCGGUCCUGCUGUCCGACCUGAGCGAGGAUGAACACAAGAUGUGCCUGGAGUACUACGCGGCACUGCUCGCCAUGCGAGACCGCGAAGAAAUCAUCAACAUCCUCUGCAAGCAGAGCCCCGACCUCCUCACCCAAGCAGUACGCGAAGCCGUCGCCGGGUUCGACCCCAUCAUCCGCGCUGUCCACAACAAGGUCGAUCUGUCGGACCACCUCAAGGACGCCCAGACGUUCCUCGACCAGCUCAUCGCCACCAGCAAGCCGAAGAAGGGAAAGUCAAAGGAUGACCCCGAAACCAUGCCGACCGUUGAGGAUUUUGUUCAGCUCUGCAAGAACAACAGGCAUCUCCUGUACAAGUGGCUGCACGCCGUCGGCAAGAACUGCCCAGAGGUCAUGAAUCAGUUCAGAGCAUGGUCAAAGGACUCCUUGGUGGCGUUCCACAAGACCAACAAGGGCGGCGAGAGCAUCGAGAGCCAACUGAGCGGCAUCUUCAGCCGGGUUCCCGAUAGGACAAAGGAGGCGCUCAUCCCGAUUAUCGAUGCGCAUACUGCCUACCUGCGCGAGUUAGACGAACUCUCGCUUGCUCGCAUGCAAGCCAUUGUUGACGGUGGCUCGUCUAAUAUGGCUGGUCCAGGCGUCUAUCUUGCCCGGUGGCAAUCCCUGAUGGAUGAGACUCUCAUUACGCCUGCAAGACCAAUAGGCCCUGUUCGCCAGGGCAAAGACGUCAAGGCAUUGCCGGCGCAGGGCAAACGUGGGUCUGCUUCGAGCGAUGGAAACGACGUCGUCGCAGCGGUCAAGAAAAUGAGCAUUUCCUCGUUUCCGGAAGCACCAGACGUUCAGCCCGUUAUCAGAGCGUUGGCACCAAUGUUCAAGAAGACGCUUGCGAUGUCAUCAAAAGCCAACGGGGCUCCAGUCAACGGCUCUGACAAUGACCACGGCGUGCCGUUUUAA